GUUUGCCGUGACAGUUUAUUUGUAACAUAGCAUAACUAAAAAUCUAUUCAAAAUUGCAUUGCAAAAUGUUGUACGAAUUCAUUUUGCUGCUGCUAGGCUGUCUUUAUCCGGCUUUUGCCACCUACAACAGCCUUGACGCCAAUCAACAGCAGCUGCAGAUAAUAUGGCUUAAAUACUGGAUUAUAUUCGGCUGUGCCGUUGCACUGCACUUGAUGACCACCUGGUUGGAGAACUGGGUGCCCUUUCUAAGCAGCUUCAAGCUUUUCGUAGUCUGCUGGCUGCUGCCCAAUCUAGGCGGCGGCAGUCUACUGCUGCACGACAAAUUCGUGGAGCCUUUUAUGCAGCGCAACAUUAAGGUGAUGAACGAAGUGCUGACGGGUGUUACCCUAGUAAGCAGCGCCAUCAUGCGUGAACUAAUCAAGACCAUGUACCAGCUGCUGGUCGAUGUCUUUGAGCAGUGCUGGCUGCUCACCCGGAAUUCGGAGGAGCUGUGUGUAACGCCACGACUGCAAGCCUCCAUAAACGAUGUGAUUGCUGAGCUGCGCGAAGCACGCCAUGCCAUGGAUGUUAAGCCCAAAGAGGACUCCUUUCUGGACUUGGAUGACAUGGCGCUGCGCAUACUGCACGCCGAAGCGAAGAGCGCCCAGCGCAUGCAUCUUUCCUGGCAAUCUGCUAACCAGGAGUAUCUGGCGCCCAUUAAUAGCUGUGUGGGCUUAGUGCAGUCGAAACAGCAGCAGAUGCUGCCGCAGCCAUUUGUGGAGCUGGAACAGAUCCUUAGUAGCCAUACCUAGGCACAAAUUAAUUAUAACAAUAAUAAACAAAUAAAAUCAUUUGGGGCACAGCUUAUCAAAGCUUG